GGCGGAGGGGAGGCGGGCAGGGCGCUUCCCGGCGGCCUCCUCGCGGCUCCGCUUCCUCCCGUCCCGCCCAGUCCCGCCCGCAGCCGGCCGUGCCGCUAUGGCGCCGUCGCAGCUCCCCGCGCUCUGCCUCUUCGACGUGGACGGCACCCUCACGGCGCCGCGGCAGAAAAUCACGGCUGAGAUGGCCGAAUUCCUGCAGAAGCUGCGUCAGAAGGUGAAAGUCGGGGUUGUCGGAGGCUCGGAUUUCGAGAAGAUCAAGGAGCAGCUUGGCGAUGACGUGGUUGAAAAAUUUGACUACGUGUUUCCAGAAAAUGGUCUUGUAGCAUACAAAGAUGGGAAGUUCUUCAGCAAGCAGAACAUUCAGGGCCACCUGGGUGAGGACAUUCUUCAAGAUCUAAUCAACUACUGCCUGAGUUACAUUGCAAAGAUUAAACUGCCAAAGAAAAGGGGCACUUUUAUUGAAUUCCGUAACGGGAUGUUGAACGUGUCCCCCAUUGGAAGAAGCUGCAGCCAGGAAGAACGAAUUGAGUUCUAUGAACUUGAUAAGAAGGAACAUAUAAGAGAGAAAUUUGUAGCUGAUUUACGAAGAGAAUUUGCAGGAAAAGGCCUCACAUUUUCUAUAGGAGGCCAGAUAAGCUUCGAUGUGUUCCCAGAUGGCUGGGAUAAGAGGUACUGCUUAGGAAUCAUCGCCAAAGAUGGAUACGAGACAAUUUAUUUCUUUGGAGAUAAGACUAUGCCAGGAGGGAACGACUAUGAAAUUUUCACAGACUCCAGAACACAAGGCCACAGUGUCACAUCCCCCCAGGAUACAAGAAGAAUCUGUGAAGAGCUAUUUUUUAAGUAAAAGACUUUCUUUUAGACUUCAUACUUCCAGAACGGUUAAGACACCUUAAUAACUCAAAACAUCUUCAUUUUAUAUUAUGUUUUUCACAACUGCUCAUAAAUAAUAAGUGCUUUGCAGGUCCAAAGGGAAAUGUUUUAACUGAAGAGAACCUUUCCAACCAGUUAGAGGACAGUACAGCUCAUCUAGGACCACCCUUCCAUGGUUUCCAUUGGCAAAAAUAUUUCUGAUUAGUUGUGAUUUUAUUCUUUUUAUUUGUUUGGUUUUGUUUCGGUUAAGCCAAAAGGGUUUAUUGUGUCUCUAGUGUUUUCCUGUGAAGUGUUACUUUGGGAACAGUAACUAAUUUCACUAAAAAAAAUAGGUAUUUCUGGUCAGAGUAACCUGCAUCUACUCUAGCAUCAGCACAAUCUCCACAGGCCCAGACUAACUACUGGCUUGGACUGAAAGUGAGGACACUGUAUGCUUAGGAAUAGCAGAAAUUGAUUCUUUGCUUCUUUUGUGCUUAGUGUUACAGGAGUCUAAGACAUGAAAAGGUGAUAAACCUUUAUGAUAAUGCACUAAGAUACUCUUGACAGUAUAAAAUGCUUUAUAAAUCUGUGCAGGGAAAAAAGAACUGUGGCUUUCUAUUUUUCAUCACUUUAGUUUAAAAAGACCAAGAGGGAAAAAAAAAAGCCUUAGCUCAUUAAUUACAUUUUUACUCCAUCCCCUCUCCCAAAGUGAUCUGCCUGCUGUUGAUUUAUAGCCUUAAAAUUGCCCCACAAGGCAUUACACCUAGUUUUGUCUUUGAAGCUGCAAUUUAAAAAAAUAAACAUCUUGAUUUAUUUUUAAAUAUUUCCUUGUGCUAUGAAAAUAUGAAUUAAGACACUUAGGAUUUUCUUGUUUCAAACUGGAAGAUGAGUAAAAGAUAGGUUUGUGUUUUUUUUCUGGGGUUGGAAAGGCAGAACUGAGCCAGAAGUCCCUGACCUCAUACAUAUUCCAGUGCACGGUCAGAAGGCGUGCUGCGUCUACUCCCACUGGAACGGCUGGACCAGCCGGAGCUAGCUACCUCCUGAGGACAGCUUGCUGUACCAAGGCACAGCACCGUUAACGGUACCUAUACUUGUUGCAGAUGUUUUUAACUCUACAGUGGAGGAAAAAAAAC